GAUCGACAAAACUGACAAAACCGAAAAACGAAAUAUCCACGUGACAGAAUGCAGUCACUCCGUCGGUCGUAACAUGUUCUUUUGGUUUCAACCCGCAAGAAUAUGAACAGUCUAUUUCACUUUCAUACUACUCCUACUUAAAAUGAGAAGCAUUAUCAGUAUUAUCACUACAGUUGCCUUGACCGCUCUUCUUUCUCUAAAUGCCUAUGCUGCCAAAGCCGGUUAUACAGACUUUAUCAUGGUGUUCAACCGAGAUAUUUCCGACAGUGACUUCAAAAAGGCUCAGGAUGAUGUUCUCGCUGCUAACGGUGUAAUCAACCAUAAAUAUACUGCUGGAUUGAAGGGUCUAUCAGUUUCCUUGCCCGACAAUAAGGAUGGCUUGGUCAACACAUUUGAAGCUAAGGACUACGUCAAAUUCAUUGAGACUGACCAAACUGUUCAUACUCAAAAUUAAAAAAAAAAAUUCUCCCAAUUUUUUUGGAGUUUCUCGACGUUUCACCUAUCUUAACUUUAGUAGAAAACAACUUAGCUACUUCCCACACCU